UUUCUGGACAAAUUGCUGCCAAAAUUUCAAUAAUUGGGUAAUGUUGUGAUGAGUAAUCUCGAAGAACUAGCAGCAAGAGGAAACGGCGGCGUCAACAACACCCAACAGCAGUACCUGAGUGUUGAUUCCGCGUCACUCAAUACAUCGCCAUCUGCUUCGACAUUUCUCCCGGACCAGAAUUCCUCGACAUGCCUGCUGUUGCCGAAUAGUCCGAGUCCCGAUCCCGAAUUGACGCAUCCGUUGACGCCGGGUCUCGAGGAUGCCAGUGAACCUGCGGACAAUGGAGCUGACGAUGCAAACUCGACAAACUCGUCAUCAGGCAGCAGUGGUGGCAUUAAUAUGGUCGUUAUGAUAGACACGGAUCAAACAAACACAAAUGACUUCAAUAUCAAUAAUCGCAAGGGCAAUAAUUAUAAUCACAAUAAUAAAUCACCGGAGUUUUGUAUGGAUAACAAAAAAACUGUGACAAAAGUCGGAGAUAUUCUAAUAACGUGCACUGAUCAAAUUCCGCCGUUCGUUGAUUGGAAUUGGCCAUUAAUACGCAAAUGGUCGUUCUCACUGUUCCUCUGUAUCAAUAUUGGUGUGAUAGGAUUCGUAAUUGCCAUGAUGAGUACACUGCCAAAGACAUGCAAUCCACCUAAGAAAUGGUAUCAAGGAAGUGUUUUCUACGAGAUUCAACCACAUGGUUUGAAAGAUUUGUACGGUCGAGUGCAAUAUUUCAAGGAUCUCGAAGUGUCUGCCGUCCGUUUGAACUCAAUUUUCCCGAAAGAUCCGCACAAUCAGCAAGGCACCACGACAUAUUUCAGCAUCGAUCAGAAUUUGGGUGAUUUUGCGGAUUUCGAAUCGCUCGUGUACAAUUUGCAGCACAACGGAAUCAAGCUCAUCUUGGAUUUGCCGUUGUCGCCGCUCGUGAAAAAAUUGCAUGUGAGUGAGCAUGUCAGCGAAAUUCAAGGACAAGACACCAAUGCGGCAGUUCAACAUCAUUUGAGUGCGCCCGGCAGUACAACUAACGAUAAUCUCAUCCUGAAAGCCAUCAAAUUCUGGACCGAAAAGGGCGUCGACGGCUUUUACGUCAAAGACUUGGAACAAUUUCACAACGAUUCAUUUUUACUGAGUAGCGUUAAGGAAUGGAAGUUUCUGCUGGGCGACAAUCGAUGUCUAAUUGUCAGUAGUGCACUCGUGGAUGCCGUCAAACACAACAAAACGUUGCUGGAAUUGCUUCUGCCGCACAUUGACUUGGUCGAUACGUUGCUCGAUGUGAAUGGCACGAGCGCAAAAGUGAUAGGCGAUCAAAUUGCCGACGCAAUUACGGGUCAUGCGGGCUUAAGUAGCACAACGUGGCUGCAUUGGACGAUCAAUCGACGCGAUUUGCCGCUAAUUUACUUCGAAAUGCUCCUGCCGGGCACGAUAAAUUUGUAUCUCGGCGAAAAAUUACCGGAAUUUGCGUCGACAGAACCGCAUUUAGUCCCUCCUAAUCCUCCUCCAUGGUUGCCAAAAAUACAAGAAUUGAUUGCGCUGCGUAACAACUCGCCAUCCAUCUAUCUCAUGCAUUUCACGCGACAAAAUCAAGAGUCGAAGCUAACCCCAACGACAAAUAUCAGACAAACCACAGACGAUUUAAUAGCAAUAGAAAGACAUUAUCCGCGUCGGCUGAACUAUGCCGUUGUCACAAAUCGCUCGAACAAGACGGUUCACGCAGAUCUGUCGGACAGCUUCUUUAGUGGCGACGUCAUUGUCGGUCCCGCGACGCAAAACUCAAAGAUAUUUUUUAGGGAAUUCGAAAUAGCCAGUUUAGACACGAUAAUUGUUAAGUUAGACAAGUAAGGCGACAACAAAGUAAGAGAGAUAAAUAUAAAUAAUUAUUAAAAUAAUGAUAAUUAGAGACUAGAGGAACAAAGUAGUUGUGCGACAGCAUUUUUUUAUGUUUAA